UUACAUAUUUGUGACGUGAUCAUAUUAUCUGGCAACACUUCACCAAGAACUUUGAAAACAUCGGAGGAAAAUCUCAACCUUCGUAGGAUUUUAUAUUAAAUAAUUACAUUCUAGCAAAUAAUUACAAUUAAUUCGUCGUGAAUCUAAACACGAAGCUUGAUUUAGUUUAAAAGUAAUUGUAUCACGUGACCUUUCGCGAGAAUCAAUCGUUCUCUACAUACAGAAGUGUGUGUGAAUACAACAUUAACAGUCGAUUUUAAGUAAGAUAAAGCGGUUAAGGAAAAUAUGAGAACAAUGAAACAAUUAAGAGGAAGGACAAAUAUUCUUUACCCUUUUCCUUUUAGUUGAAAUAGACGGAGUGAGAUAUAAAAUAAGAAGACGAGGUUUAAUCGAAGUAAAAAAUAGGAAGACUUUGCGAAGAUCUUGUACGAUGGAGACGAAUGGCAGUAAGGAUUACGUGGAACUCGUCUGCGACUUUUACGAUGGGACAGACGAAGACAUGUUAGUGGCAUCGCGCUCUCCUGUUGUCAUUUUGCACGGACUCCUAGAUCUUAAAGAAAAUUGGGAGAAAAUAGCUAAAGAUAUUGCAGAUAUAUCUGUUAGGAAGGUUUAUGUUCCGGAUAUGAGAAAUCACGGAAAUAGUCCUAAAAUCUCAACUAUGAUGCUCGAAGAAAUGGUUAACGACGUGGAAAAUUUUUUGAAGAAGAUCAAUGAACCGGUUGUUUUAAUUGGGCACAGUCUAGGAGGCAUUGUUGCCAUGGAACUGGCUUUCCAGAAGUCUUAUCUUCUCAAACAAUUAAUAAUAAUAGAUAUUACUGCAUUGAGAAUUCCAACGAUGGAAGAAGAAUUGGGUUCUUCUAUGUAUUCCUUCUUAAAAACAGCUGUGACCAAUAUAACACCAGAUAACUUCUUAAAAAUGAAAUCUAUUGUAGAAAAUCGUUUGAAAGGUAUUAUCAAGAUUUCAAGUUUAAGAAAAAUCAUCAUGUCGAAUCUGAUACAAGUUGACAACCAAUUGAAAUGGAAAGCAAAUAUCGAUAUUAUAGAAACAGAAAUAUGCAAGAAGAAGUCCCUCAGGAAGAGAUACCCUCUGAGAGGAUUUUAUGGAAACGACACCCUGUUGAUAUACGGAUCUUCCGAUUACGUUUUGGAAACGGACAUCGAAGAUAUGAAGAAAAUGUUUCCAAAACUGCAAGUCGUUCAUAUGAAAGAAUGCAGUCAUUGGAUUCAUAUGGACAAACCGGACGAACUGAUGCAAAUUAUCGUGCAACAUCUCUCGAAGAAUUGUUCUUCCUAG